CCGCAGUUUUUCUGACAGCAUUUUGGUUUACCAGCAACUCAACUGCUCUUGGCCCUGCCAGCAGAGAGCCAUUGCAGCAAAGCUUUAGCUUUGGUGUUGGCCUUCCUCCCUGCCACUGGUGUGGUGCCGACUGAUAUCCUUUCGAGGCAGUAGUUUGUUCAGAAAGCACAUUCAGGGGAUCGCUCCGCCUUACCCCUUGCAUUACUUGCCCUGCUUGUACAACGUCAGAAAUGUUCCGGCUGUUUGAUCCGACACAGUGGCUCUCCUCUCAGAUUCAUGGUGUUCCGGACCCUUGGCUAAAUGACGCUUGAUCACUUGAACCGGUACCCUUAUUAACGGCUCAUUGUCUACAUGACACCCCCACAUACCCCAUCACCAUAAUAUUCCUCGAUUGGCCAAAAUCUGAAGAAAACCCAAUUGAUAGUUGGAGAGCAUCUUUUGCUCGUUCCUGUGGACUUGGCUCUGCACCACACAGCAGACAACAAGCUUUCGAGCUAUAUCGAACGUGGCCAAGCAAAAGUCAUCACAUCAUGGAGUUUACUAGCUGACGCCUUUUUACAACCCUGAGAUCAAAUUCUCCCUUUGCACAAUGACUCUUUUCAACCCUCCCGUUAUGAGAUCUGUGAUGAUGCUCACCGGGCUUCGCCAAGGAAUACCACAACGCAGAGGCAGAGCCGCCAUCUACACAACCACAUGGCAGGAUCCGGACCAGCCGCCGCUGCUACCCCACGAAUGCCUGUUCAUUACCACCCAGUACCGCCCGACUGGUUAUACGCACAUGAACAAGUACGGACACGGACAAACGCCACAAACACCGCAGCUCCCUGGCGCAGCCCGCAACUGA